AUGCAUCGAGCAUUAUCUCCGGAAUGUUUCUGUUUGACUCUAGAAAAACUAUAUAAUAAAAUUACAUCAGCCUAUAAUUGUUUGAAAUCUGUGGAUUUGUGUUAUUGUUAUCAAAGUGUUGUGAAAAGUGAGUCUUGUGAUCGGAACUUAUAUGGUACUAGAAUGAGUUCCAAUCCAGUUGAUCACUAUCUCAAUGGAAGGCAUGAGCGUACUAUGUUGUAUGAUAAAAUCAACACCAAGUCACUUAGUCCAUCACGUAAACCGCCUUCAGAAGCUGUUCACAGAGCUAAAGAGGUGUUACAUUUAAUUAAAGAUUGCCCAGAAAUCUAUGCAACGCAUUGUGAUGAGUUAAAACAAAUUCUACAUCAGCCACACAUCAUGGCUCUGUUACAGACCCAUGAUGUUGUAGGUCAUGAAGUUUAUGGGGAGGAUGCAGUGAGAAUUACUCCCCCUUCCAGUCAGCCCUAUAUAAACGGUGAGACUGAGACAAACGGUCAUACAUAUGAGAUGGAGGAAGGGGAUAAUGUUACUCGAGUAAGACUUGUACAGUUCCAGAAAAAUACAGAAGAACCAAUGGGCAUCACAUUAAAAGUCAAUGAUGAAGGAAGAUGUUUUGUGGCUCGGAUUAUGCAUGGUGGUAUGAUUCAUAGACAAGGUACAUUACAUGUUGGAGAUGAAAUCAAAGAUAUCAAUGGUGUUAGUGUACACAACCAACCUGUGGAAAUUUUACAAAAAAUGUUGAAAAAUCUUAGAGGUCAAGUGACGUUUAAAGUUUUACCGUCACAAAGUGGAGUAUUAAAAUUAGACGGUAGUCAUGGCCAAAAGGAGAGAGACACCAGGGGCAGUGUAAUAUUGAAGAUUGUCCCUAGUCAGCGAAUAAAAUCAGCAUUGUGUGAGAUAUUUGUUCGAGCAUUAUUUGAGUAUGAUCCAAGAGAUGAUGAUUUAAUACCGUGUUCUCAAGCUGGUAUACCUUUCAAAGUUGGUGACAUUUUACGGGUGAUAAGUAAAGAUGAUUCAAAUUGGUGGCAAGCCAGAAAAUGGGACAGUUUAUCUACAGAACCUGCAGGCUUGAUUCCAUCACCAGAAUUGCAGGAAUGGAGAACAGCAUGUGCUGCCAUAGAAAGAGCCAGAAGAGAACAUGCAGUUCAUUGUUCAUGGUUUGGACGUAAGAAGAAAGAUAAAUAUUUAGCUAAACACAAUGCUGUAUUUGAUCAGUUAGAUUUAGUUACAUAUGAAGAAGUUGUUCGACUUCCAGUUUUCAUGAGAAAAACCCUAGUUCUAUUAGGAGCUCAUGGUGUUGGAAGAAGACAUAUAAAAAAUACUUUAAUUACAAGUCAACCAGAUAGAUUUGCCUACCCCAUUCCACAUACAACGAGGCCACCACGAGAAAAUGAAGAAAAUGGUAAAAACUAUUUUUUUGUAUCUCCGGAACAAAUGAUGAAAGAUAUUGCUAAUAAUGAAUACCUAGAGUAUGGUACCCAUGAAGACGCCAUGUAUGGCACCAAGUUAAAAACAAUUAAACAGAUACAUGUACAGAAUUUAAUGGCUAUACUAGAUGUGGAACCACAGGCUGUUAAAGUGUUAAGGUCCAGUGAAUAUACCCCAUUUAUAGUAUUUAUUGCAGCACCCACCCUACCUUCCAUACAUCAGGCCCUUAAAAUUCUGCGAGCUGCUGAUUAUGCACCCUUUGUUGUGUUUAUUGCCGCACCUAGAGUCAGUGAUUUAAGAGAUAUGAAAAAUAUUAAUGAUGGCAGUUUAGAAAGGUUAGCCAGAGAAAGUGAACUAUUGGAAAAAGCUUAUGGACAUUAUUUUGAUUAUAAAAUUGUGAAUAAUGAUAUUGAUGAAACAAUAAGGACUUUAGAGAAAGCUAUAGAUGAAGUUUGUACCACUCCUCAAUGGGUUCCUGAAUGUAAGAACACAGUUAUAUAA